AUGCGGAGAACAUUGCUUUUCCCAAAUUCCUCAGCUGCAUCUAACACAGAACCCCAGGAAGUUGGAGCGGUGACGAAUUUGAACGAUAGAGGACCCAGAGCAGCAACUCAAGGCACUACAUCCAGCCGCACAUCGCCGUCAAGAUCCACAGCCUCCAAACGGAGGCCUUCGACAGAGGGUAGGAACAGUUCACCUAGGUGUUCGAGACGUUCAGCACUUCCAGCAAUGAUGAUCUGCAUUCUGCCUAUACUGAUGAUCAACGCUGUUUCCUUUGGAUAA